UCCUCCCUCCGCCUCUCUCAGGGAAGAGGGAGGGGCGCACGGAAGGCCCCCUCUCCUCCUCCUCGCCCCUCGCCCACCCGCGGCGCUGCUAAGAUGCACCUUGGGCGCUGCGCGGUUGCAGCUGAGCAGCGAUGACAUAUCCUUCCUCCGACCUCGCCAUGGACAGCUUCGACCUGGCUCUCCUGCAGGAAUGGGACCUGGACUCCCUCUGUGUCUAUGACCCUGACAGAAAUAUGCUGCGCAGGAAAGAAUGGGAAAGGAGAAAUCAGGAGACCCAGCACGAAGAUGGCAUAUUUAAUAACAGUUACUCCCUCUUCAGUGAGCCAUACAAGACUAACAAAGGGGACGAGCUCUCCAGCCGUAUCCAAAAUACCCUGGGCAACUACGAUGAGAUGAAAGAGCUGCUGACUGAUCGAUCCAAUCAAAGCCACCUUGUUGGUGUUCCAAAGCCAUGUAUCUCACAAACGUCUGUGAGCAAAGCUGAGGAACACUUCAUUGCUGACACAAAGCCCCACACUCACGCUUCUCCAUCUUCCUUACCAGCGGCACUUUCUGGGCAGUUGAGCAAGAAUACUGCAAUGGGUUGGCAGAAGUCUGGGCACACUCUGGAGAACCAGCAAAGAGGAAGCAAACAUAGACAUGGAUUGCCGGAUUCACACAAUAAUGACUUUAAAACGGUUAGCCAAAAGAACAGUUUAGAAAAGAUUGCACAUUAUGCAUCCAAUCCCUCAUCACCAUCUCUGUCGAGUGUUGCCCAAGGUCCUUUAUCGUCUUCACUUGGGGACAACAGCAGAACACAACAGCAGCUGUCAAAGCUGAGUUUUGGUGGAGAAGGUGGCGCUCAGGCUCAGGAGAGGCCAGCUAUGCAUAGCAAUGGACACUGUGUGCAGAACUUUCCUCCUUCACAUGCUUCAAAGCCCAGUAUAGUUCAGCAGAAACCAACAGCAUAUGUAAGGCCAAUGGAUGGUCAAGAUCAGGCUCCUGAGGAGUCUCCAAGAUUGAAGGUGCCAGCUGAAACUAGCCUGCUGUGCACCUCAUAUAGAGGAAUGCCUUCUGCUAAAGCUGACUCAGCUAGGACAAAGUCAAAACUGACAAAAUUUAAUAUUCCCAAACAACAAGAGGACAAUGGGGGAGGAGAUGACAGCUGCGUUGAAGAAAUUUUACGGGAAAUGACCCAUUCAUGGCCUCCGCCUCUUUCUGCUAUUCACACACCUGGCAAAGUGGAACAAAACAAGUUUCCUUUCACCAACAAGGACUCCCAGCAACAUGUCUCUACGGGGCACAGCAAUCAAAGAAAAGGUGAUGUUGAAUCAAAGAAUCCAGAAAACAGUACAUCACCUACAUCGAUGUUAGAAGAUGACCUCAAGUUGAGCAGUGAUGAAGAGGAGAAUGGCCAGCAGGCAGCACAGAGAUCUGCUCUCCGGGUUCUAUCCGACAGCACCACUGUACAGCAGCCCAGCUGCAGGAUCUCGGGGAUCACCAGCAAGUGUUCGAGCAGCAGCAGCUCCAGUGAAUCUGAGAGCAGUUCAGAAUCCGACUCAGAGAGUGAAAGCAGUUCUACCGAGAGCGACAGCAAGAAGCCCUCUCAUUACUCCAGCCCAGAGCCUGAACAGCCAUCGUCAAACAAGUGGCAGCUGGAUAAAUGGUUAAAUAAGGUUACUUCACACAAAGCACCUAUUCUGAACCAAAACGGACUGGAGCUCUUUCAGUGUUACAGCAAAGGGAAAGAUGAAGGGCAAGACUGUGAACAUUUACCUCCCAUUUGCCAAACCAGUCUCAGAGAUAAAGAGGUUAAGAAUCCCAGCAAGGAGGACCUGAGGCCUAGGACAGCUAACAAAGCCCCGGGGCAUAAAGGAGGGAAGCAGAAAUCGCCUCCUCCGGCUGCUGCCAUUUCUGGAGAUAGCGGUCCUCUGAGGAGGACAGCCUGCAAAAAACAGCCGAGAAGGACAGAGAGGACCUCUGGUGGUGAUAUCUUAAAUGGCCAUGCAGCUGAUGAUCUUGGCUUGAACCAAGUACUUUUGGAAAAUAAUAGCACAUGUGAACAACCUAAAACCAGGCCCUGCAACAACAAAGUUGAGCACAGGAAGGAAACACGUGCUGCCUGUGAAAAGAGGCGUACAAGGGGAUCAGGUAAAACAGCACCCAAAUCCAAGGAAUUUAUUGAGACAGAUUCUUCGUCUUCAACGUCCUCAGAUACAGAUUCUCAGUCGGAACAAGAGGAUUACCCUUUACACAAGCCUCAGACUGUGACCUCAGCAUUAGCUGGAAGUGACCAGAAGCUGAAGGACUCUGGGAGUAAUAAUACCAACAAAGCAAAUAGCAGUUGCAGUGCCUUUGGUUCAGUUAACACCAGGACUAGUAACGAUAUAGCAAAGGAACUGGAAGAGCAGUUUUACACCCUGGUUCCAUUCGGUCGGAACGAGCUCCUAUCUCCCCUGAAAGACACAGACGAAGUGAAAGCACUUUGGGUCAAAAUUGAUUUGACUCUUUUGACCAGAAUUCCACAGCACUUACCUGAGGAGCCACUGCAAAUUAAUGCUGGAGUUAAAGAAGCAAUCAGUAUGCAGCACAACAUUGUUACUGAUCUGCCGGCAGAAAAGGUCAUCCCCAAAUCUAGAAGGAAACGCAAGUAUGAAAAUGAGGAAGAAAACAGGGAGAGCAAGAAGAUUCACACUGAGCAAGAGUGCUCUUCACAUUUACUUGCUUCAGCCCAAGUUGCUUCUGCACCAAAUAAUUGCAAUAUGAUUAAAAACAGCUUGGGAACACCAAUAAAUAAAAAUGAGAAAAUGCUUCGGUCGCCUGUUUCACCCAUCUCUGAUGCAUCAAAGCACAAAUUCUCUGGUGAUGAUCUAACUUCUUCUAGCAAGCCUCAUGGUGGCAACCUAUUAUCUUCCAUAUCCUCAAUAAAAAAACACAAGAAUGAGAUUCGAUCCCACCUGCACCAAGGAGAUUUCAAUAAAGCAAUGUACAUCAAUUCAGAAAAUUCUGUACUCUGUAGCAAGGCACAGUGCCAAAAGGAGCCCUGGUCACCUGUAUCUAUUAUGCACAAAGACUGUAGAAGAACAAAGCUUAUCUUUAAUGAUGGGCCACACAAUGUGGAACACUUUAUGCAAGAAGCUAAAAGGAAGAAGCAUAAAGCGGAUGCGAUGGUGGAGAAAUUUGGCAAGGCGUUAAAUUAUGCUGAAGCUGCACUAUCCUUUAUUGAAUGUGGAAAUGCUAUGGAACAAGGACCCAUGGAAUCUAAAUCCCCCUACACAAUGUAUUCAGAAACAGUUGAACUUAUUAGGUAUGCUGUGAGGCUAAAACCCCACUCAGGCCCUAAUGCUAUUCCAGAAGAAAAACAGUUAACGACAUUAUGUUACCGCUGCCUGGCACUUCUAUAUUGGAGAAUGUUUCGACUCAAAAGGGACCAUGCUGUAAAAUAUUCAAAAGCACUUAUUGAGUAUUUCAAGAAUUCAUCUAAAGUUGCUCAAGUACCAUCUCCCUGGGGUGCCAGUGGAAAGUAUACGGGAACACCCUCUCCAGUUUCACCCAGCCCAUCUCCUGUGAGUUCUGUAGGGUCCCAGGGAAGCACUAGAGCCCCCUCCCCCUCCUCCAUCAUCAGCAUUCCACAACGGAUUCACCAGAUGGCAGCCAAUCAUGUUAGCAUCACCAACAGCAUCUUGCACAGUUACGACUACUGGGAGAUGGCUGACAAUCUUGCCAAGGAAAACCAAGAUUUCUUUAAUGAUUUGGAUGUACUGAUGGGACCUGUCACCUUGCACAGCAGUAUGGAACACCUGGUGCAAUACACCCAACAAGGACUCCACUGGAUAAGGAGCAGUGCUCAGUUAUCAUAAUAACUGUGGCAUUCAUCUGGACACUAGACUUUCCCACAGACAAUUCAAUUAUUCUAGACACUGUGCUACAGAAAUACGAAACCACAGCAUUGCUUCAAACAAAUGUGAACCUUUCUUUAACACGGAACAAUAUUUUUUUUCCAGAGUACAGAAA